AUGUCAGACUUUGCAAAGAAUCUAUUCGGAUUCGGUAAACUGCCUGCGCAGAAAUAUGACCAAGGCUCCAAAGUGGAAUCGAAUGGCAAUCCGAUAACACAAUUUCCUAAUAUUCUGCAGACUCCAAUUCCUACCACAGCGGUCAGCAAAGGUGAAAGCAUUUACGGGACCACCACAACUUUGAACACCGACCUAUGCAAGAAAUACGGCGAAGUGAAGAGCAAUGCUUCUCCAUCACCCGCACCAAUUACUAAGGAAUCUCUGGAGAAGGCAAAACCUUGCAAACCCCCCGUAUCCUUAGAAGCAAAAGAAACUUCUGCGGGAACCGCCACCGAUAUUCCUAGAGGCAAGCUACGAGUUAGCAUCGAGGAGGCUCAAUGCCUGAAUAUCUCCCCCACUAGUCCUUCGUUGCCAUACGUGGUGUGCACUUUUGAAAGUACUGAGUUCAUUACUCAUGGACCCGAAAGUAUUAGUAACGGUAAUGCCAAUACCGCUAAACCUGUCUACCAUCGGCAAUCAUCUUCCAAACUGACUUCUUUGGCCAAGUUGAACUCCUCAAGUCAUCUCGACACUUCCACCGAGGACAACUGCAAUCCCAUCUGGCAUCAUCAGGCCACGUUUGAUGUAAUUGGUGCUAGUUCUGAACUUGAUAUUAGUGUCUACGACGAGUACAGAGAUGGCUUAUUUCUGGGCCACGUCAGAAUUCUCCCCAAAACAAUUGUGCACAAUACCACGUCCGAAAAAUGGCUAGAUCUGCAUCCACGGGUUGUUGGUGAGACCGUCACGGGCAAAAUUAAAGUUAAACUUGAAUAUUUUGACGUCACUAAAAGACAGUACGGUCCAGAAGAUUUUGAGGUGUUACGACUGUUAGGAAAGGGUACCUUUGGCCAGGUCUAUCAAGUCAGAAAGAAGGAUACCAAACGCAUCUAUGCGAUGAAGGUUUUGAGUAAAAAGGUCAUUGUCAGAAAGAAAGAAAUUGCGCAUACAAUUGGUGAGCGUGACAUUUUAGUUACCACUGCCUCUACUGCAUCACCGUUCAUCGUCGGAUUGAAAUUUUCAUUCCAAACUCCUUCAGAUUUGUACCUUGUUACAGAUUACAUGUCUGGUGGAGAGCUAUUUUGGCAUUUGCAGAAGGAGGGCAGGUUCUCUGAGGAGCGUGCCAAGUUCUAUAUUGCUGAACUGGUUUUAUCUCUUGAACACCUACAUGACAACGACAUUGUCUACAGAGACUUGAAGCCGGAGAACAUCCUUCUGGAUGCCAAUGGACAUAUUGCACUGUGUGACUUUGGGCUUUCCAAGGCUAAUUUAGCAUCCAAUGGUACAACCAACACUUUCUGUGGUACCACUGAGUACCUUGCUCCAGAAGUUUUAUUAGAUGAGUCCGGAUACACCAAAAUGGUUGAUUUUUGGUCUUUGGGUGUGUUAAUUUUUGAAAUGUGCUGUGGAUGGUCCCCAUUCUAUGCCGAAAACACUCAACAGAUGUACAAAAAUAUUGCUUUUGGCAAGGUUAAAUUUCCGAAAGACGUUCUCUCCUCUGAGGGACGUUCUUUUGUAAAAGGGUUAUUAAACAGGAACCCAAGGCACAGACUCGGGGCAAUCAACGAUGCCCGCGAGCUGAGAGACCAUCCGUUCUUCAACGAUAUUGAUUGGGCUCUUUUGAAGGUGAAAAAGAUCCCUCCACCUUUCAAACCGCAUUUAACGUCAGAGACAGAUACGUCUAACUUUGACCCAGAAUUCACCAACGCUUCUACUUCGAUAAUCAAUAAGCAAGUAUUUAUGGGCUCUACGCCCCUGUCGCCAGCCAUUCAGGCCAAUUUCAAAGGAUUUACGUACGUGGACGAGAGUGCCAUGUUCGAUAACUUUUCAUAUGCAAACAAGUACAAACUACAAAACUCAUACCGGGGUACCAACCCGGUAAUACUAGGAAAUCCCAACAAUCCUGAUGAAGAUGUGAUUGAAGAAGGGGAAGAGGAAGAUGAUGAUAACGACAUGGAUAUUGAUGGCGAUCAUCACAUGGACGAUGAUUUUGUGAAUGGACAAUUUGAUUUGUGA